AUGGGAAAUGUGGCACCCUACUUUGGUGGCAGAGGCAUUGUUUGCCAUCGCCAACAUCUUCAGCUCCUUGCGCCUCAUCUGCCUUUCACUGCCAACUCCCAUCUGGGCCCUUUACAGAUUUCACUGGGCCGCAUGCUUCUGGACAUCCUGAAAUUCCUCUUCAUCUACUGUCUUGUGCUGUUAGCCUUUGCCAAUGGUCUCAAUCAGCUCUACUUUUACUAUGACACAGAUGAGGUUGUUGAAACGCUGCAGUCGUUAUUUUGGUCUAUAUUUGGCCUGAUUUCUCUCUGGACCAAUGUGAAACCAGAACAUAAAUUCACAGAAUUUGUGGGCAGCACCAUGUUUGGUACUUAUAAUAUCAUCUCCCUGGUAGUGCUUCUAAACAUGCUAAUUGCGAUGAUGAACAACUCCUACCAGCACAUUGCUGAUCAUGCAGAUAUAGAGUGGAAAUUUGCAAGAACAAAAUUAUGGAUGAGUUAUUUUGAAGAAGGAGGAACGUUGCCAUCUCCAUUCAAUAAACCUAGUCCAAAGUCUGUUUAUUAUCUAAUUGGAUGGGUUAAGAGACAUUUGUUUCGGAGACCAAGCAUAAAAAGACUUGCCUUUGGAACUUUGGGGAGACGUGCCGCUGAAAAUGUGAGAUUAAACCAUGAGUAUCAGGAGGUUUUGAGGAACCUUGUGAAGCGGUAUGUGGCUGCAAUGAUCAGAGAUGCCAAGACAGAAGAAGGGCUGACAGAAGAAAAUUUCAAGGAGCUUAAGCAGGAUAUCUCCAGCUUCCGCUAUGAAGUUCUGGGAAUGAUGAAGAAUAAACCUCAUGGUGGAGCCAGUAAGAUUGCAAGCUCUACCUUGGCUUACCCUGGAAACUCAUUCAAAUAUUCUCCCAAAUUCCCUAUUGAUGAAUCUCAACAAAAUAUGAACAUGUUUGAUGUAAUCGCCACCACCACUACCCUGCAGAGUGGAGCUGCCAACACCACUAGCUCUGUUUGCUCUGGUAGUCUAGCCAAUGGUUCAGUUGUUUUGUCCAUAUCAGGAAAGACUCAGAACGAGCUAUCCAAAGAAGUUUCAAAUGCUGAAUGCCUUCAGAGACAAAUUAAACUCCCCUCUCAGAAGCAUGAUGAAAGAUAUUCAUUGUCAGAAGAAGGUAUUUCAGAAUCAGGUGGACAGAGCCAAGAACAACUACAUAUUGUGGAAGUCUUACAGAAAGUGGAGGAAAUUCAGACGAUUAAACAUUCUUGCAAAGAACGUGCUAAGAAAGUGAAAAAUGGACCUAAAAAAUAUAAAAAUUAAUCUGUCAGCAAGUGAAAAAUGUAAAUCAUGUCAUAGCAACAUUUUCCAUUUUAAUUUUUAAAUGGUCAUUUAUUCAUUUACCAGUCAGUCUGGUUUAUUGUAAUAAGGUUACUCAUGUUAAACAGUACUGUGGUUAAAUAGCAUAUUCAAUUUAAAUAAUUAUGCAUCCUGUCAUGUGUAUAAUGGCUCAAUAAUGUUAUGUUUUGUUUUGCUUGUUUUUUGUUACAUUACAUGCAUACUACAGAAAUAUUUAGCAAAUAUUGACCUCAGUGCUGACUUCACACUCAGGAAAUUGUGGAAAAGGUUUGUAAUUCAUGAUAUACCUUUAGCAGCGAAGUCCUGAUACCCUGCUGCUUAUGUUCACAAAAACUUGUUUUUUCUGUACUUUGCAGAAAUAAUGUAGCUUAAUGUUCCAUAGAAGAAACACUAGUCCUAAUAUGCUGACAGUGCCCAUCUAAUUUUUUCUAAACUUAGUUAUACAAGAAUAAAUAAUCAAUACAAUUACCACUAACUAUAAACACAUACAUUGCAUUCAAAAUCUGUUGCAUUUUUAUAUUUCAUUCAUGUUAUUAUCUAGUUAAUUAAUGAGCAAUGCAGCACCGAGCUAAUUCAGAGAUCAGAGGCAGCUUCACUUUUACUCCUUUACCUCCCUAACAUGCUUAGGGUAUAAAGGACAGUUUUACUCUUGAUUUUGUUAUUGGAGCAGAAGAGGCAAUGUAAACUGGUUCGGUUUUGUUGCAGGAUUUACUCCUUAACCAUGUGCUUUUAUAUCAGCUGCUAUAACUUGCAAGCACCAGGACCUUCUAGAAAUAUGUUACAACUGUGCAGCUUAGAAACUUGUGAUUUUACUCUGUGAUGAAAUAAAAGUGGAAACUAAAAGUG